AUGAACAUACGUCCAGCUACCCCAUAUGAUUUAACUGGUAUGCAGAAUGCUAAUCUCAUGAAUUUACCUGAAAACUAUCAAAUGAAGUAUUAUAUGUAUCACGCUCUCACCUGGCCUCAAUUGUCUUAUGUAGCCGAAGAUCAUAAAGGUAGAAUAGUUGGUUAUAUUUUAGGUAAAAUGAACGAUGAAAUGGAUAGUAAACCAGGACAACUACCAAAUGGACACGUAACUUCAAUAUCUGUUUUAAGAAGUUAUCGAAGAUUGGGUUUAGCACAAAAGUUAAUGAAACAAUCGCAGACCGCUAUGAAAGAUACUUUCAAUGCUGCAUACGUUAGCUUACACGUACGUAAGACUAAUAGAGCUGCUAUUGGUUUAUAUAGAGAUACACUUGGAUUUGAAGUUUGGGAAGUUGAAAGAGGUUAUUACGCCGAUAAAGAAGAUGCUUUGGGUAUGAGACUCUGGCUAGACCAGGAAGCAAAGGCAAAACAAACAAAAAGGAAUUAGAUAAAAUAGAUUUAAUAAAACUGUAUUGCAUUUAUAGCAUUUUCAUCUAUCUUUGCGCUAUUCUUAUACGUCAUUGUAACAAUUAAUCGUAUG